CCGGACGCAGCGGAGGGAGCGCGGAGCUCCCCCCUCGCCGCCAUGGCAGCUCCGCUCGGUACCGGCGCCUUCACGGAGGAGACCGGGCAGGAGAAACAGCAAAAAUACUUCGAUUCUGGCGACUACAACAUGGCCAAGGCCAAGAUGAAGAACAAGCAGCUGCCGAGUGCAGGGCCUGACAAGAACCUGGUGACAGGAGACCACAUCCCCACGCCCCAGGACCUGCCCCAGAGGAAAUCCUCGCUGGUCACCAGCAAGCUGGCAGGGUAGCUGCGCUCCCAGCCGGGGGCUGCCCUCUUUUUCUCUCUUUUUUUGGGCUAAAGGGAUUGAAUUCGCUGUACCGUAGGGGUGGGAGCAGCAGAACCCACGUGGUGGUUUGAGUCUUUGCAGCAAGCACACCCCAGAGCUGCUGGGGGGCAGGGCUGGCUUGGCCCUUCCUCUCUCAGAGGCUUUGCCUUAAUUUUGCUGCUCUUUGGAGCCGUCCUGGCUCACAGUGGCUGGGAGAGCUCCAGAAGAACCAUCCUGGAAUCAUCCUAGAACCAUCCUGGAGCUAUCCUGGAGACAUCCUGGAGACAUCCUGGAACCAUCCUAGAACCAUCCUGGCUCACAGUGGCUGGGAGAGCCCUGGAAGAACCAUCCUGGAGACAUCCUGGCACCAUCCUGGAGCUGUCCUGGCACCAUCCAGGUUCACAGAUGGAGCUCUGCCUCUUUCCUGGUUGGGAGAACUCCAGAAGAACCAUCCUGGAACCAUCCUGGAGACAUCCUGCAGCCAUCCUGGCAACAUCCUGGCUCACAGAUGGAGCUCUGCCUCCUUCUUGGCUGGGAGAGCCCCAGAAAAACCAUCCUGGAGACAUCCUGGAGCCAUCCUGGAGCCGUCCUGGAGCUGUCCUGGAGCUGUCCUGGCUCACAGAUGGAGCUCUGCCUCUUUCCUGGCUGGGAGAAGUCCAGAAGAACCAUCCUGGAAUCAUCCUGGAGACAUCCUGGAAUCAUCCUGGCACCAUCCUGGAGCUGUCCUGGGACCAUCCUGGCUCACAGGUGGAGCUCUGCCUCCUUGAUGGCUGGGAGAACUCCAGAAGAACCAUCCUGGAAUCAUCCUGGAGACAUCCUGGAAUCAUCCUGGCACCAUCCUGGAGACAUCCUGGCUCACAGGUGGAGCUCUGCCUCCUUGAUGGCUGGGAGAACUCCAGAAGAACCAUCCUGGAAUCAUCCUGGCACCAUCCUGGAGCUGUCCUGGGACCAUCCUGGCUCACAGGUGGAGCUCUGCCUCCUUGCUGGCUGGGAGAGCCCCCGAGGAGCAGAGGGGGCUCGGGGGAGGCACCUGGAGGAGAGCAGAGGGCAGGGCUGGGGGGUGGGAAGGGAUUUCAGGGCUUGGGGUCACAGAGACUGGGGCAGCUGGGCAGGAGAGUGAUCCUAGAUCUCACAGGUGUGAUCCCAGAUCUGGAAAUUGUCAUCUCAGACCUGGAAAUUGCUAUCCCUGAUCUGGCAGGUGUGAUCCCAGAUCUGAAAAUAGUGAUCCCAGAUGUGGAAAGUGAUCCCAGAUGUCACAGGUGUGAUCCCAGACCUGGAAAUUGUGAUCCCA